CCCAUGUCCUCUGUCUUAACCUUAUUCACGGCAUAUCCAUCUUCCCCACAAAGAAAAAAUCGGCCUCGGUGCAACAAGUUCGGGUCCGGAUCUUAAUUAUGAUGGGGCUGUCUUUUGCGAAGCUGUUCAGUGGGCUUUCUGCGAAUUCUUAUGGUAGGUCUUGAUGCCGCUGGUGAGGUGAGACCGCCGUUCUGUAUAAGCUCAAGCUUGUAGAGAUUGGUGUAAUGUGGAGACUGUGGAGUAUAAGAACAUCAGCUUCGCCGUUUUAAAUUUUCUUUAUUGUUUGGGCCCAGGUUCACUUCUUUUGCCAGUAAUUCAUGCUGAUUAAGCUUCUUUUGAUUUAAUUUUGUGAGUUCAUGAUCAGUUAAGGGUUUUAGUGUCUUGAUGAUAUUUUCUGUGAAUGGUCAAAGAUCUUUAUGACCAUACAAAUCAAUCGUGGCUAUGAUGAAAGAUUCUUCCUUUUUGUCAAUUGAAAGAAAUUUAUUAUCUGGAUCUGCUGUUUUUAAUGCAGCAGCAUGGAAGAACAUGGAGGAUCCAACGAUUCCAUCUUCAGAAUUCCAGGCUUGUUUAAAAUGCGUAAUGAACAGGCUUAUACGCCCUAUAAAUUUUCAAUUGGUCCCUGGCAUUUCGGUAAAACACAGGUGUUGCGCUCGGGACAAAAUUUGAAAGAGUCCGCUCGUGAAGGACUUCUUGCUCGUUUCCCAGAUCCAGCAGCAAAGAGAAGAGAGUUGGAAGAAGCCAUACAUAAUGCGUAUGAUCAGGCUAGGGAAUGUUACGAGGGAGGGGAUGUUUAUCAUGGGAGAGAAGAUAUGGAUGUGGCCAGAAGAGAAUUUGAGGAAAUCUUGCUACUCGAUGGUUGUUUUAUUAUCGGGUUGUUCCGCAAGCGUACUGAGAUGGUCAGUGAGAAUGAUGAGCGGGGAUCCAUACAAGAAAAUGAGUUUGUACACUUGUUAACGGGUAUGACUCAUGUCAUUUAUCACGACCUAUUAUUGUUAGAUAACCAAAUACCUUGGUUUGUGCUUGAGCUUUUGUUUGACGCGACCAAUAAGGACCCUCAAUUCAUCAAUUUUACAUUGGUUGACCUGGCCAUGAGUUUCUUUGGACAUGUUUGCUGUCAUGUACCUCCUCAAGAACUUCCAAAGCUUUCAUCAAGGGAUAGGUAUCACUCAAGUAUCAGACACCUGGUUGAUUUUGUGUGGCGUUGCUGGGAUGUCUCAUCAGAAAGGGUAGUAAUAAACUUUGACUUGUUGGAUUAUGGGACCCUUAUUCCAUCUGCCACCAGACUCAAAGAGGCGGGAGUCAAAUUUCAAAAAGUCGAGUCAAGAAACAUCUUGGAUGUAAAAUUUAACAAGGGCGUCCUCGAAAUCCCACCUUUGCAGAUUACUCCAUCGACAGAAACCAUCUUCAGGAACCUCAUCAUCUUUGAGCAAUGUAGCCGUAUUUCCAUGCCAAAGGUGACAAGUUACGCCAUACUCUUAGAUUGCCUGGUCGACACCUCAGAUGAUGUGCAUUUAAUGAAUGAAGUAGGAAUUCUUGAUAACGGGUUAAACCCUGAGGAAAUGGCUAAUUUCUUGAACAGAGUCCGUGAUAACACUGUUACGCAAGAGGUCAUUUAUGCAAAACUUCGCAAAGAUGUCAACGAAUAUUGCAAGAGGAGAUGGCCGAGGUGGCGAGCUUAUUUGAUCCAGAACUAUUUUACUAAGCCAUGGGCUAUCGUUUCUGUAAUUUUUGCCACGAUCGUUUUGAUUUUCAUGAUCACGCAGGUUUUCCAUUUUUACAAAAAACAUCAUGCAGGUUUUUAGAUUAGAAAAGAAACUAUCCGUUGCUCUGUAUUAUCUUUUUUUAUCAAUAUUGUAUCAAUGUAUCUUUUUUGCUUGCUAUCCUUUGCUCAGUAGAAUCUUUUGAUCAAUAUUGUAUCGAUCUAUCUUUGCUUUUCAUUCAGAAGUUGUGUGCGCUACAAGGAAUCGAGCCAGGGAAUCAUCAAUAUUGUUCUGCAUCAGAUCUGGAUGUCAAAUAAUGAAGGUUCCAAGAUUACUCGUUCCCUCUCAUGCCAAGAAGUGGUUAAGGUCACAUAACAAAUUAUUGGGGCCACCCAAAAAUGCUUUUUAUUUAUUUAUUUUUUCUAUAAGCAAUCAGUUACAGUAUUUAAAAUAUCAAUGUCAUGUUGAUCCAAUUCUGAUUUUUGUUCAGUUUAGAUAUGUAUUACUAAAAAUUAUUGUAUAAA